AUGUCAAUGGAGUCUUCAAGAAUUAGUUUGCGUCCAUUCAAAGUGACUAAUGUUUAUGAUGUGGUGAUAUGGGGCAGUGAUGAUCGAGUAACUCGGACCACUCGAUGGAAGACGUUGACCUCAAAAGAAGAAGCCUUGACUUUCAUUAAGGAAGUGUGUAUAGCUUACCCUUGGCGUGUAUCGAUAUGCAUCGAUGAUCGAUCGAUCGGAUUCCUAUGGAAGAAUGAAGCUGUUGCAGAUAUAGGAUAUGCUAUAGCAGCUGAGUAUUGGGGUAAGGGGAUUGCAACAAAGGCACUCAAAAUGGCAAUACCUCAAGUGUUCAAUGACUUUCCUGAAAUAGUAAAGAUUCAAGCAUUUGUUCUUUUGGAGAACAAGGCUUCUUAUAGGGUAUUGGAGAAGGCUGGAUUUCUCUACCAAAGUUCCAUAACACAUCAAGUCCAGAUCAAUGGAGACGCAAUUGUGGUGGUUGAUGCGGUUUACACUUUUCUAUCCACUGACAACAUCCCUCCAAGCCCAUGA